AGUUGGAAUUUGGAAAACCCAAUGGGCUAAAAUGAUUGGAAAUCCCACACCACAAACGCAAAGUGCUUUUUCCUGCGCAGCCAUCAUCAUUCGCCGGAGGAGGUAAAACCGCUGGUAGCUCGUGCCUAGUGCGGGCUAGCCUGGCGGUUAGAAGCGGCAACACAAGCAGUGUACGAACAUCUGGUGGGGAAUCGCUGCAGGGUUUUGCCCCAAGGGAAUGAUGGAAAACGAUAAGAUAAUUGGGGGAGACACACUCAUAUUAGGAGGGUUGAAGUUCCGUGGCUUCCAUGGGGUGAAAGCAGAAAGGACAUUGGGUCAGAAGUUCAUGAUAGAUGUAGAUGCCUGGAUGGAUCUCAGGGCAGCUGGUAAAUCUAACCAGCAGUCAGAUACUCUUAGCUACGCUGAAAUUUAUCGGUACCUUCAAUUCACUGAAAUUCAACAGUUGCUCAGGUCUACAAUUUCGGGCCGGACAGAUAGGCUAUCGAAAAAAUCUCCGAAUUGGGUCGAGGUUAUAAGCUACCCCAUCGUUUUCAGACGUCCUGAACGCGUUUCCAGGGUCAGAAUUGGCAUAGGUGAGCUGGAAUAGCCUUUCUCCUCCGCC